CUAACUCACUGAGUGCCAAGCCCCCUGUAGCGUGUCUCCAGCCUCUGGGGUCUCUCUGUGUGUGGCUCCCUGCCUGGCUUGCAGCCAUUCAGCCAAGGUGGCCUUGUUGUCAGAAUUGUUAAAAGCUGGCCCUUCCAUUCAAAGUCUGCUCGAUGUUGACCCGUCCGCCCUCGGAAGCCGCCUAGUCAGGAUAGAUUUCUAUUCAAAAGUCACUAUGGCGAGCUCUGAGGUUCCAAUUUGAGUUCAGUUAGGAAAAUAAUUAAUAGACCAAAAAAUGACCCACAUUUGGAGUCAGGGGCCCAGGUCUGCCACCUAUUCUCUGAGCAAGUCACUUUUCCUCUCUGGGCCUCAGUUUCCUCAUGUGACAAACCGAUAGGUUAGACUUGAUGUUUCUAAGAUGGCUUAUAACCUUGACGUUCUGUAACCGCACGUGAGCAAAGCUGUGGACUCAACCAUACAAGUUUUUUUUUUUUUUUCAUACAAGUUUUAAUUAAAGUUGUUUGAUGAUGGGUGGACAUGGGAGAGUUCAUUAAAUGCAUGUGUGCAUGCACACGCGGACACAUGCACACACACAUGCUUUUCUGGGGAAUCAAGACAUAGCCUUUGUUCUCUGCCCUCCUCUGUUUUCCGCACAGUUGAUAAAACCUGUCCACUGCUAGGAAAGUACUAUUAGGUUGGUGCAAAAGUAAUUGCAUUUUUGGAUCAUGAAUUUUAGAUCGUUAUAUUUGGAUCAUUAUAAUUAGGCUCGAACACAUCUUUGUUAAUCAAAAUAGGAACCAUUACAAUCAACACACUUUUGCCAAUGAGAAAUAAGUUUGUUUAUUCCUAUAGUGAAAAAAUUCAUGCUUCAGGAUUCCUCAAUUUCUUGGAAAGCAUUUUAUGCAUCCUGCUGGUUGUGGAAGCGUUUUCCCUGUAACAAGUUGCUGACCUCUUUCCAUGCUUAGCGCAGCCAUGGCCCGCGGUCCCAAGAAGCAUCUGAAGCAUGUAGCAGCUCCAAAGCAUUGGAUGCUGGAUAAGCUGACCGGUGUGUUUGCUCCUCGUCCAUCCACCGGUCCCCACAAGCUGAGAGAGUGUCUCCCACUCAUCAUUUUCCUAAGAAACAGGCUUAAGUAUGCCCUGACAGGAGAUGAAGUGAAGAAGAUCUGCAUGCAGCGCUUCAUUAAAAUCGAUGGCAAGGUCCGAACUGAUAUAACCUACCCUGCUGGAUUUAUGGAUGUCAUCAGCAUUGACAAGACUGGAGAGAAUUUCCGUCCGAUUUAUGACACCAAAGGUCACUUUGCUGUUCAUCGUAUCACACCUGAGGAGGCCAAGUAUAAGUUGUGCAAAGUGAGAAAAAUCUUUGUGGGCACAAAAGGAAUCCCUCAUCUCGUGACUCAUGAUGCUCGUACCAUCCGCUAUCCUGAUCCACUCAUCAAAGUGAAUGACACCAUUCAGAUUGAUUUGGAGACUGUCAAGAUUACUGAUUUCAUCAAGUUUGACACUGGUAACCUGUGCAUGGUGACUGGAGGCGCUAACCUGGGGAGAAUUGGUGUGAUCACCAACAGAGAAAGACAUCCCGGGUCUUUUGAUGUGGUUCAUGUGAAAGAUGCCAAUGGCGACAGCUUUGCCACUCGCCUCUCCAACAUUUUCGUUAUUGGCAAAGGCAACAAACCAUGGAUUUCUCUUCCUCGAGGAAAAGGUAUCCGCCUCACCAUCGCUGAAGAGAGGGGUAAGAGACUGGCAGCCAAACAGAGCUGUGGGUGAAAUCGUCUCCAUGUAACAUAAUAACAUGUUAAAAAGUUAUUUGUACUUAAUUAAAGAUAUUACAGUGUGGAAAAA